AUGACGUUUUCUACCCACUUUCCCCCCUCAUUAAUACCGACUCCCAUUUUCAAGCCCGCCACAAUCGCUGCGUCACCCUCCUCCUACUCCCCGCUUCUCCCCAAAAUUCGUCCCUCUUCCUCUGUUCUUCGUUGUUCCUCCAUCUCUGAUAUGGAUGCAACUGUAGGUCAAGGUCUUUACCCUUUGCACCGUUGUAAAACAAUUCACUUGGUGAGGCAUGCUCAAGGGAUUCACAAUGUAGAAGGAGAAAAGGAUCAUAGUGCAUACUUAUCCCAGGAACUAUUUGAUGCACAUCUUACCCCGCUCGGUUGGCAGCAGGUAGAUAAUCUGCACAAGCAUGUUCAGGCAUGUGGGCUUUUGAAGAAGGUUGAACUAGUUGUUGUUUCCCCUUUGCUGAGGACCAUGCAAACAGCAGCUGGAGUUUUUGGUGGCGAAAGCUACAUAGAUGGGAUAGAUGUAACUCCAUUAAUGGUGGCAAAUGUUGGGAACAGUGAACGACCUGCAAUUUCAAGUCUAAAUCGCCCGCCAUUUCUUGCAUUAGAGCUUUGUCGAGAACAUUUGGGAGUUCACCCAUGUGACAAGAGGAGAAGCAUUCAUGAGUAUCGGCCUCUUUUUCCUGCAAUUGAUUUUUCACUGAUAGAAAGUGAUGAUGAUAUUUUGUGGACGGCGGAUGUUCGAGAGAAGAAUGAAGAUGUCGCUUCUAGGGGAAUGAAGUUUAUGAAUUGGCUUUGCACUCGGAAAGAGAAGGAGAUAGCAGUUGUUUCUCAUAGUGGGUUCUUGUUUCAUGCUUUAAGUGCAUUUGGGAAUGAUUGUAAUCCAUUAGUGAAGAGUGAGAUAUGCAAACACUUUGCCAACUGUGAACUUCGUUCAAUGGUCAUAGUUGAUAGGGGUAUGAUAGGGUCAGAUUCCUCAACGACUAACUAUCCUGGAAAAAUCCCCCAUGGGCUUGAUCUACCAAGUGAUGUUGCAAAUGACAAGCACCCAAAAGAGAAGGGAGUUCCUAAUUAGGCACUAUCCCAAGUGGUGAGCAAACGGGAAUCUCAGAUUGGUAUUAUGAUGCUGAGAAGGAUUUACUGAAGUGCAUUUACUCAACAUUUAUUAGCUCUGUUGUGUGAUUACUAUAUUCUUUUUUCUUCUCAAGGGGGAUAAAAAAUUCAAAGCCCAUAAAUUAAAUUUAGGUGGCAAUUCUUUUAGAGACGAAGGUAUGGAGAUAUUCAAUCUACUGAAUUAGGCAAAAUAUCUAUAUGAUUAAGUUCAUGUUUAUGUGUGGCUCAUGAACAAAUGGUGGCUGGUGUUCAUUUAUAAGUAUCGUGUUCUGAAUUUCUAAGUAAUGUAAACUUCAUCCUGAAUAAAAUUGCCUAGUUUUCACAGGAAA